CGCCGGCCGAGGCUGGGCUGCGGGAGGCGGCCGGGCGGCCCCGAGCCUCGCUAGGGCGACCAAAACAAAGGGAGCAUCCGGGACUGGGUGGAUGCAAACAACCAUGAAAGACUGGGUUCUCUCUCUCCCCGGCUCUGCUGCUGCCGCCGCCGCUGCUCCUCCUCCUCCCGCCGCCGCCAGGAGGGCUCCUCUGUGAGGGGAAGCAGGGGCGCAGCUGCUGGGCGUGAAUCCGAAAGGUGAGAGCCAGGGAGCCAGGAGAGGGGGCGGGCAGGCCACGAAAAUGUCCUCGGCCGUGGGGCCCCGCGGUCCUCGCCCACCCACGGUGCCUCCCCCCAUGCAAGAGCUGCCCGACCUGAGCCACCUGACCGAGGAAGAGAGGAACAUUAUCAUGGCAGUGAUGGACCGGCAGAAGGAAGAGGAGGAAAAAGAAGAAGCCAUGCUCAAGUGUGUUGUCAGGGACAUGGCGAAGCCUGCUGCCUGCAAAACACCAAGAAAUGCUGAAAACCAGCCCCACCAACCUUCACCGAGAUUGCAUCAACAAUUUGAAAGCUAUAAAGAGCAAGUGAGAAAAAUAGGGGAAGAAGCACGGCGUUACCAGGGAGAGCACAAAGACGAUGCUCCGACUUGCGGAAUCUGUCAUAAAACCAAGUUUGCCGACGGGUGUGGCCAUCUCUGCUCCUACUGCCGCACCAAGUUCUGUGCCCGGUGUGGAGGCCGUGUGUCACUGCGCUCCAACAACGAGGACAAAGUGGUUAUGUGGGUGUGCAAUUUAUGUCGAAAGCAACAAGAAAUCUUAACCAAAUCUGGGGCGUGGUUCUUUGGAAGUGGUCCUCAGCAGCCAAGUCAGGAUGGAACUUUAAGUGACACAGCUACAGGUGCUGGUUCUGAGGUACCAAGAGAAAAGAAAGCACGGCUCCAAGAGCGGUCACGGUCUCAGACACCCCUGAGCACAGCAGCUGCCACCUCCCAGGACACAGCUCCUCCCAGCGCUCAACCCGACAGGAGCAAAGAGGCUGAGUCCUCACAGCAAGCCGUGGGGCCCGAGCAGAAGCCGAUUUCAUCCAGGUCUAGAAGUGAACCUCCGAGAGAGAGGAAGAAGACUCCCGGGCUCUCGGAGCAGAACGGUAAAGGAGCCCCGAGGAGCGAGCGGAAACGCGUGCCCAAGUCCUCAGCGCCGCCGGGAGAGGGGGCGGUGGAAGAACGCGAGCGGAAAGAAAGGCGGGAAAGCCGAAGGCUCGAGAAAGGGCGGUCACAAGACUACCCGGACGUGCCGGAAAAGCGAGAGGACCGCAAAGCGGCGGACGACGAGAAGCAGAGGAAAGAGGAGGAGUACCAGACCAGGUACCGCAGCGAUCCGAACCUGGCGCGGUACCCGGUGAAGCCGCCGCCGGAGGAGCAGCAGAUGCGCAUGCACGCCCGCGUGUCCCGUGCGAGGCACGAGCGGCGCCACAGCGACGUGGCUCUCCCGCGCACGGAGGCGGGCACCGCGCUGCCCGAGAGCAAGGCCGGCAAGCGCGCCCCGGCCGCCGCCAGGGCCUCGCCGCCGGAGUCGCCGCGGGCCUAUUCGGCCGAGAGGACUGCGGAAGCCAGGGCGCCGGGCGCCAAGCAGCUCACGAACCACAGCCCGCCGGCACCCAGGCAUGGGCCAGUCCCCGCAGAAGCCCUGGAGCCCAAAGCCCAGGAGCCCCUCAGGAAGCAGAGCCGCCUGGACCCCAGCUCCGCCGUCCUCAUCAGGAAGUCCAAGCGCGAGAAGGUGGAGACGAUGCUGCGGAACGACUCCUUGAGCUCUGAUCAGUCCGAGUCCGUGCGGCCGUCUCCGCCCAAGCCGCACCGCUCCAAGAGGGGCGGCAAGAAGCGGCAGAUGUCGGUGAGCAGCUCCGAGGAGGAGGGCGUGUCCACGCCGGAGUACACCAGCUGCGAGGACGUGGAGCUCGAGAGUGAGAGCGUCAGCGAGAAAGGUGAUUUGGAUUAUUACUGGUUGGAUCCUGCCACGUGGCAUAGCCGGGAAACAUCACCUAUUAGUUCGCAUCCUGUAACGUGGCAACCAUCUAAAGAGGGGGAUAGAUUAAUUGGACGUGUUAUUCUUAACAAGAGAACAACCAUGCCCAAAGAGUCAGGUGCAUUACUGGGUCUGAAGGUUGUUGGAGGAAAAAUGACCGACUUAGGACGCCUUGGUGCCUUCAUCACCAAAGUAAAGAAGGGUAGCCUUGCAGAUGUAGUUGGACACUUAAGAGCAGGGGAUGAAGUUCUAGAAUGGAAUGGUAAACCCCUGCCGGGAGCUACAAAUGAAGAAGUUUACAACAUUAUUUUAGAAUCAAAAUCAGAACCUCAAGUUGAAAUUAUUGUUUCAAGGCCUAUUGGUGACAUUCCACGGAUUCCUGAGAGCUCCCAUCCUCCACUGGAGUCCAGUUCAAGUUCCUUUGAAUCUCAGAAGAUGGAAAGGCCUUCCAUUUCUGUUAUUUCUCCAACAAGUCCUGGAGCCCUAAAAGAUGCCCCACAAGUCUUGCCAGGACAACUUUCUGUGAAGUUGUGGUAUGAUAAAGUGGGACACCAGCUGAUUGUAAAUGUUCUUCAAGCAACAGAUUUACCGACUAGAGUAGAUGGGCGUCCCAGGAAUCCCUAUGUGAAAAUGUAUUUUCUUCCAGAUAGAAGUGAUAAAAGCAAAAGAAGGACCAAAACAGUAAAGAAAGUCCUAGAACCCAAAUGGAAUCAAACAUUUGUCUAUUCACAUGUACAUCGUAGAGAUUUUAGAGAACGGAUGUUAGAAAUAACUGUGUGGGAUCAACCAAGAGUACAAGAAGAAGAGAGUGAAUUUCUUGGAGAGAUCCUCAUAGAAUUGGAGACAGCACUUUUAGAUGAUGAGCCCCAUUGGUAUAAACUUCAGACACAUGAUGAAUCUUCACUACCUCUGCCUCAGCCAUCACCUUUCAUGCCAAGGCGACACAUUCAUGGAGAAAGCUCUAGCAAAAAACUUCAAAGAUCUCAGCGAAUCAGUGAUAGUGACAUCUCAGAUUAUGAGGUUGAUGAUGGUAUUGGAGUAGUUCCUCCAGUAGGUUAUAGGUCUAGUGCUAGAGAAAGUAAAUCUACAACAUUAACUGUGCCAGAACAGCAAAGAACAACUCAUCACCGCUCACGUUCAGUAUCUCCUCACCGCGGCGAUGAUCAGGGAAGGCCGCGUUCACGUUUACCAAAUGUGCCAUUACAGAGGAGUUUAGAUGAAAUUCAUCCAACAAGAAGGUCACGUUCUCCAACUAGACACCAUGAUGCCUCCCGAAGUCCGGUUGAUCACAGAUCCAGAGAUGUGGACAGUCAGUAUUUAUCAGAACAAGACAGUGAGCUUCUUAUGCUGCCCAGAGCAAAACGAGGACGAAGUGCAGAAUGCCUACACACUACCAGUGAACUGCAGCCCUCCCUUGACAGGGCUAGGAGUGCUAGUACCAACUGCUUGAGACCAGAUACUAGUUUGCAUUCACCAGAACGAGAAAGGGGUAGAUGGUCCCCCUCCCUAGAUAGGAGACGACCUCCUAGCCCCAGGAUUCAAAUCCAGCAUGCGUCUCCGGAGAAUGACAGGCACUCCAGAAAGUCUGAAAGAUCUAGCAUCCAAAAACAGACUAGGAAAGGCACUGCCUCUGAUGCAGAAAGGGUUCUCCCACCAUGCCUUUCUAGAAGGGGAUACGCAGCCCUAAGAGCGACUGAUCAGCCAGUCCUUAGGGGAAAACAUCCCGCUCGCUCAAGGUCGAGUGAGCACUCUAGUGUCAGAACACUGUGUUCUACCCACCACCUUGCCCCCGGAGGGUCGGCGCCACCUUCUCCACUUCUGACAAGAAUGCACAGACAAGCAAGUCCAACCCAUCCUCCUGCAGACACACCCUUCAGCAACCGGAGGGGACGACAGCUCCCACAGGUGCCAGUGAGAAGCGGCAGUAUAGAACAAGCAAGCUUAGUAGUGGAGGAGCGAACAAGACAGAUGAAAAUGAAAGUGCAUCGAUUUAAGCAGACAACAGGGUCUGGUUCUAGUCAAGAACUUGAUCGCGAGCAAUAUUCCAAGUAUAACAUGCAUAAAGAUCAGUACAGAAGCUGUGAUAACGUCUCUGCCAAAUCAUCAGAUAGUGAUGUCAGUGAUGUGUCCGCCAUUUCCCGAACCAGCAGUGCCUCACGCCUCAGCAGCACAAGCUUUAUGUCAGAGCAGUCUGAGCAUCCCAGGGGUAGAAUCAGUUCAUUUACCCCUAAAAUGCAAGGCAGACGGAUGGGGACUUCAGGAAGAGCCAUCAUGAAGAGCACCAGUGUGAGUGGGGAGAUGUAUACACUGGAGCAUAAUGACGGCAGUCAGUCCGACACAGCCGUGGGUACAGUCGGAGCAGGUGGAAAGAAGAGGAGAUCCAGCCUGAGUGCCAGAGUGGUUGCCAUCGUGUCUAGAAGGAGUAGGAGCACAUCCCAGCUAAGCCAGACAGAGUCAGGCCACAAGAAGUUAAAAAGCACCAUCCAGAGAAGCACAGAAACAGGAAUGGCAGCCGAAAUGAGGAAGAUGGUAAGGCAGCCAAGUCGAGAGUCUACUGACGGCAGCAUCAACAGUUACAGCUCCGAGGGAAACUUAAUAUUUCCUGGAGUACGACUAGGAGCAGACAGUCAAUUCAGUGAUUUUCUUGAUGGACUGGGACCAGCUCAGCUUGUUGGCCGCCAAACACUUGCCACCCCUGCAAUGGGUGACAUUCAAAUUGGAAUGGAGGAUAAAAAGGGUCAGUUAGAGGUUGAAGUUAUUAGAGCACGAAGUCUCACGCAAAAACCUGGGUCCAAGUCCACACCCGCUCCAUACGUCAAAGUGUAUCUUUUGGAAAACGGGGCCUGUAUAGCCAAGAAGAAGACAAGAAUUGCACGAAAAACCCUUGAUCCUUUGUAUCAACAGUCCCUGGUGUUUGACGAAAGCCCACAGGGUAAAGUUCUUCAGGUGAUAGUCUGGGGAGACUACGGCAGAAUGGACCAUAAAUGCUUUAUGGGUGUGGCUCAAAUCUUGUUGGAAGAACUCGAUCUAUCCAGUAUGGUAAUCGGAUGGUACAAGCUGUUCCCACCAUCAUCCCUGGUGGAUCCCACACUCACUCCCCUAACCCGCCGGGCUUCCCAGUCAUCUCUGGAAAGUUCAACUGGGCCUCCCUGCAUCCGCUCAUAGUGAACUCAUACCAGAGUCAUUCCAGUGAAACUCUACCUUUCAGGAUAAUAAUCUGAACCAGAUAUUUCAUGAUCAAAAGCAUUGUUGGAGACAGACAAUCAACUUGUGUUUUGCCUGUAGUAGUUUUUCAAUAAUAUGUCCCACUUGUUGUUUAAAACCUGGCUUCAUAUGACAGAACAAGGCAGUCUAUCAAAUUACAGUAAGAGUCAACAUGCUAGUGAGAGUCACUGAUGCUUCUGACAAACAGAAAAAGAGUAAACUUCAAAUCCAGACACACACGCGCGCGCACACACACACACACACACACACACACAGAGGCAUGCACACACCCCAAACUGAACAAACUGGAAACUCUCACUCUGAAAAGUUGUAUUUUACAUGUUUCUGCACAGACCACAAGCAGUGUUAUUUCCCUGGUGUUUGAGAAGUUUUGUUCUUCUGUGUGUUUUAUUUGUGUGCUAUUUGUUGGGUUUUGGUUUCUUGAUUUAUUUUUCACUGUAUUUGUUAUUUCCACUUGUUUUUGGAUGUCAUGACAGGCCUCAUGAUGCUUACAAAGACCCUUCCUUUCUUUCCUGAAAAGCACCAAAAAAGGGCUGAAACAGUCUCUGUGGCAUCUCCCCAAAGUGUUCAACAUCUAGGCAAGAUGAGGCCAAUGAAGGGUUUCGCUGGCUUUCAUUUUAGAAUCCUUCAGUCUUGUGUGUGGAAAUCCAGAAUACAAAAAGUUAUAUUCUAAAACAAAUAAUCACAGAACCACUCUUCUUAAAUGAAAAAUAAUCUGUGUUCUAAAAAGUUAAUUUAUUUUUAUCAUUGUCUUUUAUGGAAGACUUUUAAAGAAGUCAAUCUGCAACUAAUGCUGGGAAUUAAAACUAACUGCAUAACUGUACUUUGGGAAACACUCCUUGUAAUAACUUUUUCUUCCUGAUAUCUCCCCAAAAGAGUAUAUGCUCAUAUGUUUAAAUCAUACUUUUGACUUCCCAGAAUGGUGACUAGAAACAGAUUUGAGCCUAAGACACUUUCAGCUAUGCCCAGGCUUCUCAGCCAUGUCUCAGUGUGGACACACCCAUCUGCCCUGGAAAGAGCAUGGUAUGAGCUGUCCAGUAUUCCACUGGAAAUUCCAGUUGAAAUAUUCUGCACUAAAGUAAUGUUUUUAUCCAAUUUUAGUUUACAUUUCUUUGAGAUUGAUGCAAGCACAAAGCUUGAUUUUUUAAUGCAAAGUAUCUUACUUUGGGGGUGGGGAAUAAAACAAAGUCAAAUUUCAACUUGUAGUUUCUUCAUUUGAGUUUUUCUUGGCCUUGAAUUUCCCUUGUGACAUUCUGUAUACGUGCUACAAACUGCAGACUCUGCAGGUGCAUUGAUAUGUUCUCCCUCCUUUUAUGAGUCAUUCAAUUUUUGUGAUCACACAAAUAGAGCAGCAUGACUUGGAACUGUUCAAAGCUGCAUGCACAUUUUGUAAAAAAUAAAUAAAUAAAUAAAAUAAAAUUUAAAAAAAUUAAAAAGAGAAAAAAUGGAAAAAAAAAACACAAAAGAUUAUUUAAUAAUGUAUGUUAGUUCCACAUUAGGCCAGCUUGUAUGUUGCAUGUACUUGUACAGUUUGCUCGUUAAUUACUAUAAUGAAAUAACCAAGAAAUCUAAGCCAUUCAUUUUUGUUAUAGACAUUUUGCAGAUUUUAGCCAGACUCUGUCUGUGAGUUUGGGGUGAAAUGUCUAUAGAUGGACUUUAUUUUUUACCCUCUGGAAAACGUGAUGUAGUAUGGACCAAAUUCCUUCUAAUUAAUAUUUUGGUGUAGAUUCCUACCGUGGGGCUGUACCACAUGUAGACACUGUGUACACACUAGGUUUUAAUCCAUAGACAUACUGCCUGCACCAAGUGAAUUAUUUAUUAUUAUUUACACAUGCCAGAUUUAUCUGCCCGUCAUUCCACAGGGCACAGACUGACCACUCCUCACCAUGCUGAGCAGGAAGAACUGGAGCAUUGGUGCACUUCUACUAGAUUCCGUUCUGUCUUAGUGGCCAACAAUCAACUGAUUAUAAUUGGAUAGUAUCUUUCUAUUUUGACCACUUGUCUUAACACUCCCCUGUGCUUUUAAAAUGAACAACUCAUGUAUGUAAACAUGUUUAAUAAAAUUUACUUUUCAUGUCAGUUGGCAGCCAUCCGUGUUCUAUGUUUUGCCAGAUUUCCAUUGCGGGUUCUAUGGUGCAAAAAUGGGAGCCAGAUCGUGGGAAAGGGAGAGUGGGGUUUGUUGUCUGCUGUGGGCGUUUGAGUUGACUUGUCACUGCACUAUAUAUGUCUUCAUCUAUGCCCAAAGGGUACUUUGCAUCACAUACAAGUUUUCACUUUGUCAGCCUGUCUAAGUGAGCACAUGACUAUACUUCUGAAAAGUGGCAUUAUUAAAAACAAUAAAUCUCAGUAAGAAUCAAAUGGAAGGUUGUUUUUCUGCUGCUGUUUGAGUGUGCUAAUAAAAGAGACAACUCUCUUG